UGUUUCCCGGCAGCAGAAAUCAGGAUCAACAGUCGGCGGGUAAAGGAGCUCCGGCUGCUCGGUGAAGGAGGCUUCGCUUUCGUCUACCUGGUGGAGGAGGUCGGAGGAUCAGGAGCGCAGUAUGCGUUGAAGAAGAUCAGGUGCCCAUUCGGUACGGAGGAUGCGCUUCGAGAACGGGAUGCCUACAAGAUGUUCGACCAUCCGAAUAUCAUGAAGUGCGUGGAUUCAGCCACUGUGCAGGAGCGGGACGGCGGGAAGACUGUGCUGAUACUAUUGCCGUACUAUCGACGAGGAAAUCUGCAGGACGUGAUCAACUCCAAUGUCGUGAACCGAACAACGUCAUCGGAGCGCGACGUGUUGAAGCUCUUCCGCGGAGUUUGCAAAGCACUACAAGUCGUUCACGGCGGCCGACAAACACCAACAGUCGUUCGGCCACGAAUGGACGAUGAUGAAGACGACGAUGCUCAGGAGUCGACAGCGAUGAUGCGUGGAAGUAAUAACGCUGGGUCGGGCCGCGGAGCUGUGGCAUAUGCGCAUCGCGACAUCAAACCCGGGAACAUCAUGAUCGGUGAUGAUGGUGUUACACCUAUCCUUAUGGACUUUGGUUCGAUGCGACGCGCACGCCGGGAAGUACGAAGCCGUGCAGAAGCCAUUGAAGUGCAGGAUGAUGCCGAGGUCCAUUGCAGUAUGCACUUCCGGGCUCCAGAAAUCUUCGAUGUCCCUACUGGUACAACGUUGACGGAGGCUGUCGACAUCUGGAGUUUAGGUUGCACGCUGUACGCCACUCUAUACGGACGGAGUCCGUUUGAUACGGGUGAAGGUUCUCCAGCCCUGGCCGUCCUGAAUGGUCAAUACAAGAUACCGGAAGAUGGUAAUUAUUCGGAUGGAACAAACGACAUAAUCCGGAAAUGCUUGCAAGUGGAACCAAAUGACAGGCCCAAUGCAACACAAGUCCUUGAAAUGGUGGAUAAGGCUCUG